AAAUCGUCAAAGUAAACGUCAAACUCAGGGUGGAAGACCACCCUGGUCAAACUAUUAAAACUCUGAUUAUUAUUAUUAAUAAUAAGAAAACGUUUUCUGUGAUAAAAAUGUUUUAGUGACUAAUUUUUAUUACUUUUUAUAAAAGGUCAAUUAACUGUAAUUUUUGUAAUUACUACAAACUACAGUUUGUACUGUUAUCCAAAGGUACAAAGUUUCAAAGGUAUUAUUUGCAAAAAACAAAAUGCAGGAAGCAUACGUGAAUAUUAACGGCAUUAGAACAAAAAUAACGACCUUUGGUCCAUGGAUUGAGGAGUCUAUAAAACCCAAUGAAAACAUAGUGGUUGUGAUACCUGGUAACCCGGGUAUUAAUAGUUUUUAUGAUGUUUUCUCCAGAAAAAUCCAUGAAAAACUCGGGUACCCCGUUUGGGUAGUGGGACAUGCUGGCCAUAACAUCCCAGAACAAUCUAUUGACCCAUUACCUACAGAAAGUGAUGUAUAUGGGCUUAAAGGACAAGUACAACACAAACUUGACUUUUUAAAGAAGUACAUCCCUGAAAGUGCCACAAUACAUCUCAUAGGACAUUCCAUAGGAUCGUACAUGAUCCUAGAGCUUUUAGAAGACAAUUUCGUACAAAAGAAAAUGUCUACAACUUCUCUACUAUUCCCCACCGUCGAGUAUAUGAGAGAAACUUCAAACGGGAUAUUUAUGACCAGUAUUGUAAAACACACAGUCUGGCUAAUACUAUUUUUAUCAUGGAUUUUCACCAUGCUUCCAGGAUUCAUACAAAAUAUACUCCUAACUGUUUACUGCACAAUAGCUAAAAUACCACCACACAACAAAAAAAGUAUAAUCGAACUUAUUAACCCCGAACUACUCAGCCGAGUGUUCAGUUUGGCCAUGGAGGAAAUGGAUGAGGUUCGCGAGAGAAACAACGAAGCAAUACGAAAUAAUGUCGGGAAAAUUCGCUUUUUAUACGGCGCUACGGACGGCUGGGCCCCCGAAAAAUAUUACAAUAAAAUCGUUGGGGAUGUUGUUGGUGUGAAAGCUGAGUUAUCGCGCGGUUUUAACCACGCGUUCGUGCUGAGGCAGAGCAUUCCCGUCGCAGAGACCGUUUGUAAUUAUAUACAGUCGAAUAAUUAACUUUUGUACGGUUAUUAAUUCAAUAAAUAAUGAUAUUUUUAAA